AUGGGCGUCAAUUUUAGCGACGGCGGCGGUAGUGCCAGAGCGGCUGUUUGUCGGCCAGCAGCUGCGCGAGUAGCCGCCGGCAGCCGUGGCGCGGCCGCUGCUGAUGGCUGCAGCGGUAGCGCCAGCAGCGGCGCCUUGGCUGGCGAGGAGCUGGCCAGACACCCGCCUGGUCGCCCGCCCGUUUACUUGCUGGCCACCGCACGACACAGCAGCGGCGGCAGCGGCGGCGACAGCGGCACGAUCACGGCUACGACAACGACGACGACGACGACGACGACGACGACUAGCGAGUGCGGCCGCGAGUGA